GAUAUUCAACAUAUGUUCUCAGUUGUAAAUUACAACUUGUAAUCCGUAAUUGUUUUUAAACUUUAAUGGUGCUGGUAAAUGAUAAUAAAUCAAUUAUAAAGGAUUUAAGAACAAUCGACAUACCUUUGACUUGUGUUAUAUCUGUUUUCGUCUUACAUCUUCACAAUUUAUAAAAAUAUCUUAAGAUGUCCGUUUUAGAGAAAGAUCUUCGUCGACUACAGUAUAACAAACUAACACCAAGACCUAUUGGAUUACCAACUGGCAGCUCUAAUCGUUCUGGAGGUUCUCGUUAUAAAAGAGAUUUUAGUCCCAUUCUGUAUAAAGAUUAUUUUGAUUGCUUUAAAACAAUCAAAUUACCCGAUUCGGAUGACACUUUCAGGGUUUAUUUGUCCGGAUUUCAAGUCGAGCCAUCAAAUUCAUUGGUUUUGGUACUUCUUCAUGGAGGUGGUUAUUCCGGUUUGACUUGGUCUUUAUUCACAAAACAUAUUAGAGAAUUGUGUGUGUGUCGUGUAAUUGCUAUUGAUCUCCGAGGACAUGGAGGAUCUUUGAGCCAAAAUGAAAGUGAUUUAUCAGUAUCCACUUUAACUAGUGAUAUUGGAAAAGUGUGUAAAGCUGUUUUAGAUGAAAAAAAUGAAGACAUUGAACUACCACCAAUCGUGAUUAUCGGCCAUAGUAUGGGGGGUGCUCUUGCAGUACAUUGUGCACAUCAAUUGCAGGAAAUACUGCCAUCAAUUAUGGGUAUUAUUGUCAUUGAUGUAGUCGAAGGAACAGCUUUAGAUGCUUUACAAUCGAUGCAAUCUUUAUUAAAAGGUCGCCCAAAAUCAUUCCAAAAUCUAGAAAAUGCUAUUGAAUGGUGUCUAAAAAGUGGCCAAACACGUAAUUUGGAGUCAGCUCGAGUAUCAAUGCCUGGUCAGCUAACAAAUUCACUCACUGGUUCACCAGCUACUGAUGAUAUAACCGAACAUACGACACAUGACACCUCUGGUGAUAGUAAAGAAGACGAAGCUGACAAAAGUACUUGUGGGCGAAGACUGUUUGACUCUAGUGAUCAAAUACCAGAAGAAAACGAAAGUAACGAUGAAGAAGAGACCGAAACAAGUCAAUCAACUACGACAGCAAAUCUAACACCAAGAGAUGAACACGAAGAACAAGAAACGCCAAAGUCUCCUGAAAGUGAUGAUAGACAGAAACCAGAGUAUGUAUGGCGGAUAAAUUUAUCUAAAACAGAGUCAUAUUGGAAAGGAUGGUUUCAAGGUUUAUCUGAACUUUUCCUAAAUGCUCCAGUUCAUGGCAAAAUGUUAUUACUUGCCGGAAUUGAUAAUCUUGACAGACAGUUGACAAUUGGUCAGAUGCAAGGCAAAUUUCAACUUCAAGUUUUACCGCAAUGUGGUCAUGCUGUUCAUGAAGAUGUGCCAGAAAAGGUUGCUGAUACAAUUGCUACUUUCCUUGUGAGGAAUAGAUUUACGGAAGCAAUCAAAGAAUUCGGACGUCCUUUUCCAUCAUGUUAAAAGACUAUUAACAUCCAUUAUGUUAUCAUUGUAUCAUUACGUUAUCCUUGUGCUAAUUAAAUCGUCCCAAAAGUGUGAUUAAACAUAACUCUGAAA